UGCAGGUCAGUGUUAAUGUGUGCUGCCAUGGCAAACAGGGGACCAAGCUACGGGCUUAGCCGUGAGGUCCAAGAGAAGAUUGACCAGAAGUAUAAUGUGGAGUUGGAGACCCGGCUUGUGGAAUGGAUCCUGAUCCAGUGUGGUGACGACUUGGAGCGACCUGAACCUGGCAAACAGAACUUCCAGAAAUGGCUCGCGAGUGGAACAAUUCUCUGCCGGCUCAUCAACAGUCUAUACCCCAGCGGCGAGGAACCAAUUAAGAAAAUUACAGAAACUAAAAUGGUCUUUAAACAAAUGGAGAAGAUUUCUCAGUUCCUGCAGGCUGCCGAAGAAUAUGGUGUUAACAGGGGAGACAUAUUCCAAACUGUUGAUCUUUGGGAAGGAAAGGACAUGGCUGCGGUCCAGAGGACACUGACGGCUCUGGGAAGUGAAGCUCUCACAAAGGAUGAUGGACAUUACCGCGGGGACAAAGACUGGUUUCACAGGAAAACCAAGGGCCACAAGCGGGAGUUUUCAGAGGAGCAGCUGCGUCAAGGCCGGAGUCUCAUCGGGAUGCAGAUGGGAAGCAAUCGCGGAGCAUCUCAAGCUGGCAUGUCAGGGUACGGCACCCCACGGCAAAUCAUGCGGUACGACUCUCCUCGACACAAUGGAGAUCAGAGCAAUCCCUAAACA